CACAUGAACUACACAUGCUGUGUCGGGUGUACACAUGAGGAGAGCUCCUUUCCCCCCUGUGAACGAAGCCCCGGGAAGGAGAGGAGACCCUUCGGCCUUUGGACAGUGUCAUCCGGGCUUGGGUUAGGAUGCAGGGGGUUGACUGCCGGCUUCUGUGAACCCUCCUGAAGACAUUCCCUCCAGCCUCUGAGCUGCAGCCACCCGGGGGGAGCCCUACCGAGCGGCUCCUUAUGGAACACGAGGAGUCACCAGGCAGAAGAGGCCCAGGGGAAAGCACCGCAGUGCCUGCCAAGGGACGACUCGAUCUCACCGCAAAGACAACCACCAAAACUUCUGGACUCCGGGCAAGGCUGACCGACUUCAUGUGCCGUUUUACAGAAUGCUGAUUUGGUAAAGCUGCGUCGGCUCGGAAUAAUUUUAAUUCCCCCCAAAAGCCAGGUGCUUUCAAGGAUGGACUCAGAACAAGGAGCAUCUACACAGCAGGCCAUUGCUGUACUCUUCACGACAAUGAGUCCGAAUAAUUUGACCGACUACGACUAUUAUGGCUUUGAUCACAAUUAUGUCAUCACGGAAGAGCUCUCUAACAAGGAAUCGACGUACGACACGAGGGCCAUUGCUCGGAUCCUCACCGUUUUCAUCUACAGCAUCACUUGCCUCCUGGGCUUAGUGGGCAACGGGGUGGUGAUCGGAAUCAUCGUGUUCAAGAUGAAGAAGUCCGUCAACGCGAUCUGGUUCCUCAACCUGGCUGUCGCGGACUUCUUGUUCAACGUCUUCCUGCCACUGACAAUCAGCUACACAGCCUUGGGCUACAACUGGGUGUUUGGCAAGGGCAUGUGCAAAGUCAACUCCUUCCUUCUCAUUCUUAACAUGUACACCAGCGUGUUCUCCUUGGCGACCAUCAGCAUCGACCGCUGCAUCUCAGUAGUCUUCCCAGUCUGGUCCCAAAACCACCGCAGUCCGAAAAUCGCAUACUCGUUGUGUCCCCUUAUCUGGACACUGGGCAUCUUAAUGAGUUCCCCUUCCCUGGUUUUUCGGGACACUGAAACGCAUCGCUACACAGGAAAUGUGGUUUGUUUCAACAAUUAUUAUUUGCCCAACUCUCUGCAUGAUCGCUCCGUACACGACAUGAGACACGUAACGGUAAAUGUCACGAGGUUCCUGGCGGGGUUCGUCAUGCCAAUGGCUAUCAUCACCGUUUGUUACAUGAUCAUUAUCUUCCGGCUCAGAAGGAACCGCCUCGCUAAGUCCAAAAGACCUUUGAGAAUAAUUAUUGCUAUUAUAAUGACCUUCUUCUUGUGCUGGUGUCCCUACCAUAUCUUCAACCUGCUGGAGACACAACACCGCUGGGUCCUAGGCCCCGUGUUAGAGAUUGGGCUGCCGAUCGUGACCGCGAUUGCCGUUGCUAACAGUUGCAUGAACCCCAUACUUUAUGUCUUCAUGGGCCAGGAUUUUAAAAAGUUUAAGAUGACCCUCCUGUCCAGGAUGGUCAAUGCCUUGAGUGAGGACACUGUCCAUUCGUCUCUCGCACGCAGGAGCUUCACGAAAGCCUCCUCGAUGACAGAAAAGGAGACAAUUUUACUCUGAGGCUGACACGGACCACUUUGAUCUAAUAUCUGUUGAUCUGCCAUCAUCUUUUGGUCUACCCAUGGAGAUAAAGAAGAGAUUCCGUUGAGACUGAUGGUGGGUUUUAACCUGGAUCGCCCCGGAUGUAUCGUUCUGUUAUUUUCCAGCCGUUCCAGAAGGGACAUGGAUUUGUAUUAACAAAACCGUUGUUUUUGUGAUCCGUUGUGACCACAAGAUAGGACACGUCGACUUGGUCAUUAUUAUGUAUCAUUUCCAGUUUCUUUCAAGCUUUGUCAAGGCCAUGUGUAUGAUAAGCACUUGGUCAUAUUCUCCUAGCAAGCUUUAAAGCUGAGCAGGGCUUUGAAGCCGAGCCUCCAGAACCCAGCCUCUGUACUGCAGCACACUAGUCCUCAAUGUUAGCUGUAUGGCAGCCACAGUACUAAUGCUCCGUGGCUUUUCACACUGGUGGGAAGGUCAGGCAGCUUUUCAAAGAGUUUGCUUCCUUUGAAGGACAGAAAGCCCCAGAAGGUGUUUUACUAACUUCCAGUCGAGUGGCUGCGUUAGUCCGCUGCAGCGAGAAAGCAAAGGAAGAAUCCUGUUGCCCCUCAAGGACAAACACAAUUAUUGUCGCCUAAGAUUUCAUGGGCUUGAACCCUUGACUGUUGCGCAGCAAUGAAUUUGUUAGGCAUGAGGACAGGAAUCCCCAGCCAGUUUGGUGUAGUGGUUAGGUGCGCGGACUCUAAUCUGGGAGAACCAGG